AUGUUGCUCGCUUCUCCUGGUAGACUGCCGCCACCACUGACGGCGGAUCAGCGAGAGGAAGCCAUCCGGCAGCUGCUUCCCACAGCCACUUUCCGGAUGUUGGCGCAGGUGCCAAAGAAGCUGUUGACGAAGGCCGACGAGUCGGCCAAGAAGCUGCGAAGGCAACUGAUGCGGGGUGCCACUGUGGUCUUCGUCACCGCCGGCCUGCCCGGGAAGAGGUUCACUUUUGAGAUCGCGGCAUCUCUGGGCAUCAAGCCUGUGAUCCUCGAGCACCCUGAUUCUUGGAGCAGGAGCCUCGUAGACGAGGGCCUGGCUGCAAAGUUUAUCCCUGUCGACAUGACGCAGUCUUCAGACGACAUUUUCAAUCAGGCGCUAGAGCACAUCAAAAGCCUGGGCGAGGAUGGUCUCACUGGCACCGCAGACGGUAUUGCCACCUUCGUGGAGCUCUCCGUGCCUUUGGCCGCUCGCCUGGCCGAGGCGCUGGGCCUGCCAGGCCUGAGGCCGGCAGCUGUGGACGCAGCGCGGAACAAGCACGCCACGCGAGGUUGCUUGAAGGCGGCAGGGCUACCAACACCCAGGAAUUUCCUGAUUGAUGACAAGUCGAAGCUGAAGGAAGCUAGUCAGGUUGUCGGAUUUCCUGCUGUGCUGAAACCUGUGUCUGGGGCUGCUUCCUUGGGCGUGAAGAAGGUCACGAACGCUGCAGAGAUGGAGAAGUGUCACAAGGAGAUUGUCGACGAGCUAUCCACAUUGGUGGUUUCUUCAGGAGCCCUGGUGCAAGGCAGCCCUGACACUGCGGGGCUCAACGCACAGGAGUCCGGGGUGGACCUGACCGUGUUGAUGGAGCAGUUCUUGGAUGGGCCAGAGGUGGAUGUGGAUGUUGUGAUGUCAGAAGGCGAAUAUGUGUACGCCUGUGUCGCAGACAACGGGCCGACGCUUGAGCCAUACUUCAACGAGACCUGGGCGUGCUGCCCCUCGCUCCUGCCAAAGGACCAGCAGGUGUCCCUGAGAGACUUGGGGGUGGAGUGUAUCAAGGCUCUUGGCUUCACUUCGGGAGUCUUCCACGUGGAGCUGAAAUACACCUCUCAUGGCCCGCAGCUGAUCGAGGUCAAUGCCAGAAUGGGAGGAGGACAGGUGCACGAAUGCAACCGCUUGACCUGGGGCGUUGACCUGGUAGAGGAAACCAUGCUCUGUGCGCUGGGCAUCCCUUCUAGGCCCUGUGUUCCACGAGAGCCGGUAUCAGGUACUGCCUACUGCUAUGUGAAUGCUAUGAAGUCCGGCACCGUAACCGACAUCAGCAAGUUGGAGGACCUCCGAAAGCGCGACAAUGUGGUGUGGGCGAAGCCACUGACGCGCGUGGGCGCAAAGGCGGUAGGUCCUGCAGAUGGUCUGCCGACAUGGUUGUGUGACCUCUUCGUUCAAGGCAAGACUGCCAAGGAAGCCUUGGCCUACCUGCAGGCCAUCGAGAAGGAGAAUCCCGUGCUCGUCAGAAACUCAGAAUGA